AUGCCUCGAGACAAACACUCAAGCAAGUCUGUCGAGAAAGAAGACCUCCGCUACGAUGCCAUCAAGAAAAUUGUCUCGCACUCCCUCGAUCCCGACACGGCUCUUGUGACCCUCACCGUCCUCGUCAAGGGCACUCGCGAGGACAUAUCCGAGUGGGACGUCCAGGAACAUAGACCCAGUCUUCUUUUCGACUACUGGGCGAGCUUCAAAGGCAGAACACGGCAGGAUGUUCUCGGUAUCGGAGAGCUUUACCAUCCCUACAGAUUCUUGCGACACCGUCGUGUCCGCGGCCAAUGGCAGGUGCUCGUCCAGUGGUUAGGAUACUCGGAAGAAGGGGAGGAUGUCUCCUGGGAGCCCGCCGUGAAGAUGCGUGUUGAUGCUCCUGAUGUGAUGACCGACUACUGCGGAUACGUGGAUGACGACAGUGCAAAGGCCGCCCUCUUGGGACCCAUGCCGCAAGCAGAGGAUAAUGUCCACGCUGCACUCGCCAAGGCCGGCGUCAAAUCUGCCGCUGAGAAUCCCAUGUCUGCCACAAAGCAAACCACGAAGCGCAAGCGAGACAGCUUGAACGAUCAGCCGCAAUCAGUCGCCGACAAGCGCAGACGAUCCUCCCGCUAUGACUCGACACCUGCCACCAAGUCGCCUGUACCCAAGCCGUCCGUUUCCAAGAAAGCACAAUUACAAGCCUCUGUCGACAGUCCCAUACCAUCCCAAAUGACGCCUAAAUCCAACUUUGCCUCAACUAGGCAAUCCAAUCUUGCCGUGGGCGCUAUAUCCUUUGGAGCCACCUCGUCUGCUCAUGCACAGCCCCCGUCGAGACGGAAAAGCUUGCGAGCAUCCUCUGUGGCAACCCCGAGUACUACGGCCUCUCGGCGUCUUAGUCCCGCAGAUGUUCCCCGGACAAUGCUGUGGUUCAUGGACGAUUUCACCGUCGGCGACAUGCAGAAGGUCUGCCGCUUUAUCGACGAGAACUGUACGGGAAAACUUCGCCUCCCUCUUUACAGCGGUGGUGAUUGGGAUGGCAAGGCAGCUAGCGGCAGAUGGGAAGAUGUCUUUAUGGUGAGCCCGUUAGGUCGCCUAGGCCGCUACGACAAUGAGGACGAGAAGGAAGAGUGA